AUGUCGUAUUCCCUAUCAACACAUUAUGCAGGCCAGGGGCUCCUCGACAGAUUUAGCUUCUUUACCGGCGAAGACCCAAAUAGUGGAUUCGUCAAUUAUCAAAGUAGAGAGGCGGCGUUAGCUAGUAAUCUCGUCUCUAUUGACGAGUUGAAUCGAGUGAAGCUCGCGGUUGAUUCAAUCAACACAUACUCGACGAGUGACAAGGGCAGGCCGAGUGUUAGACUUACCAGUGACGAGCAGUUCACUCAUGGUCUAUUCAUUGCCGACUUUGCCCACAUGCCCGGGUCUACUUGUGGGACAUGGCCAGCAUUCUGGGCAUUUAACAACGCUGGCCACUGGCCCGCGGGAGGCGAAGUUGAUAUAAUUGAAGGUGCUAACAGGGCACAAAAGAAUUUGUUCACUGCCCACACAGCGCCAGGGUGUGAGGCCCCCAGUACAGGCUUCACUGGUAUUCCAGGGCCGACUGAUUGCUCAAUCAUUCCCGAUAACGUUGGCUGCAACUAUGCAGCUCCUAAAAGCGGCACAUAUGGUGAUUCUUUCAAUGUCAUAGGAGGUGGAGUCUAUGCAAUGGAGUGGGAUUCGCAAGAUAUAAAAAUAUGGCAUUUCCCUCGCAUGGCCAUUCCCUACGACAUCAGAAACGCGCCGAUCGUCACUCCAGACCCAACAAGAUGGGGCCCACCGCAGGCUCGCUUCGGGGGAUCAGAGUGUGAUACAGAUUCACAUUUCUACAACAUGAGUCUGGUGAUCAAUACCAACUUUUGCGGCGCAUACGCCGGUAACAUAUGGGGCGUUGCCGACAAAUGUGACAAACUGGCACCAACCUGUGAGGAGUAUGUGGCCGGUAAUCCGAGGAGUUUCAGGAACUCGUUCUGGGAAAUCAAUUACAUUGAUGUAUACAAAAAAGCACCCCCCAGUAGCGGCUCUUCACCAUCUCGUUCUCCGAGCAGGAGUACUCCCACUUCAGUCGUCACGAGACCAACUGUCCUCGGCAACAAUACUGCAACACCAAGUAGAACAAGAACCGUCACGAUAUCGGUCUCGACGGCUCAGCCGACGCCGACCAGUGACGGACUACCUAAUCCUACCACCAUCGACGACUGGACACUGCUCGGCUGUUUUGGUUCUCUUGAAGGCUACAAGUCGUUCUCGCAAGUGGCCUCCUACCCGUCGAUGGACAACGAAGCCUGCGUAUCUAGCUGUGCAGGUCACAAAUAUGCUGGCGUCUCUAACGAGUUGCGUACUCCCCACUCCGCCCUCCCACACUCAAAUUCUACAAGCGUAGAUGCGGAAAAGAAGAAAACAAAUACUAACACCAUUAUUACCCUUAGGACUUGCUAUUGUGCUGACGCCCUCGCCGACGCCACGGCAGUACCGAAUAAGCUGUGCUCCGUCCCCUGCCCAGGGAAGCCAACCGAGCUCUGCGGCGGCGUGCUCACAACAACCGAGGACGCAGAACCACCAGCCUUCGCGAACCUAGCCUUCGGGCGUCUAACCAACGUGACAUCACUGUCCAAGUCAAAAGUAAUCGGCGUCUCGCCGCGCGACGCGUCCAACCCCUUCCCACGCGCCGCAUCGCCACCGCCCCCCAACGUUCUCCUAACGGUCUACGGCAAGAUCGACGAAGACGUCCCGCCUCCGGCCCCCGCAAUGGGAGGAACGAGCAAAGCGGUAACAUCAACGACGACAACGACGACGACGGUGACGUUUGUCACGGUAUGUCCCACGGAUGCCGCGAAGCUGAUUACCAUGGAAUACUGCGCUACGCUGACGGCGGCGCAGGCCGUGCCGAUGACGACGUACGUGCAGGCGUGCGAGGCGUGCGGUCCGCGCGGCGCGGACGCCGUGACGCUCACGGUCCCGCAGCCCGUCGCGGCGGGCACGGCCAGCGGCCACGUCGUGGCGAUCGCCGUCGAGACCGUUGUCCCCGUGCUAGCAGCGCACAAUACGUCCAGCGCUAAUACCUCUAGUCCCGGCGUGCCCAUCAUGCCCGUGCCUACAAUACCCGUGCCCGUGCCCGCGGGCGCAUCGACCGUGGAACGGACGUUCGUAGGCUUUAUGAGGACACUUGGGUACGGGCUUGGUCUCUGGUUUGCCGUGUUUGGGAUUGGGGUCCUUCUGUGA